ACGGAAGCAGAUGACACGAGGCGAGAAAGGAGGCAACAACAACAAGAAGAGGCGAGGAAUGACGACGACGAUGACAAUGACGAUGACGAUGAUGAUAAAGAAGGUGAUAAUGAUGACGAUGAAGAGGAGGAAGGGGAAGAAGAAGAAGAAGAAGAAGGAGCAGGAGAAGAGGAAGAGGAAGAGGAAGAGGAGGAGGAGGAAGAUGGAGAUGGAGAUGGAGAUGGAGAUGGCGACGACUAUAGCGUCGUGAGUGAGCAGGAAGAUGGAGAAGAAGAGGAGGGAGAGAAUGGGAGAGAGGGAGAAGGAGAGAGGAAUGGGGAAUCGGAGAUGGACGAGGCUGAAGAGGAGGACGGCGAAAUGAAAGCGAUGAGCAAGACGAGUGAGGAGGAGGCGAUACGAGGUGGAGACAGGCGAAGGAAUGAGGUGGCGCAGAGGGAGAGGGGGAGCCGACGGCCUGACAUGCGGGAGUCGAGCUCAGCAGCCAGAGGCGUCAGAUCAUGCGAGGGCGGCGGCAGCGGAAGAAGGAGGAGGGGGAGGGGGAAGGGCAGGAACAGGAGAAGCGGGAGGGGGAAAAAGAAGAGGUUGCGAGAAGGGGUGGAGAAGAAAUGUCGACGUCGAGGGAGGCAGGGCGACGGCCUCGAGGUGGCAGGUGAGUCUGGUUGUUUGGAUCCCGUUGCUCGGCUGGGGAUGGGCUACAGACUCAGGCAGGGGCGGGCAGUUCGAGGCCCGCAUGCGUCGGGCGGCAAUCGUGGCGCCACGACGCGAAGGCAACUGGACUCGCCGGUUGUAGGAUUCUAUCUUGGACUCAAGUCGCAAAAGCAGCUGUAG